AUGGACAACGAACGGAGCAAGAUGGUUGUCGACAGACCAGCCACGGCUCUUCUUCAUCUCCAUCUCAAGUCCGAGGAUGCGCCCAUCGAUGUCCUCCCCAGUCUCGACAGCGCUUUCGGGGGUGAGUCGCCGCUGAGCUUCAUGACGGACUGCCCGUCCAUGUCGUCCAGCUUCCUCUGCGACACCUCCAUUCUGGGCUCACAAGGACCCCGCCGCUCCUCACUCGGGUCAUGCAGCAGUAUAAACUCCCCAGAAAUGUUCUUUACCCCGUCGGCGAGGACUGCCAGUCCCGUCACGCCCAUGACCAACGAGCCCGCGGAUUACAUGUCCUGCCCGAAGUACAUGAAGACAGCGUCUUCCCUGGAGAGCUGCCACCCGAUGUUCCAACUGCAGGACGCAACUCCAUACCAACCCGACUGCGUAUGGUUCGACGGGCUCAGCUCGCCUCCCGGCCUGCCGAUGAUGACGGGCACGUAUGAUAUAAUCCCGCCUCCGGUGAAUUACACGCUGUAUGCGUCAAACGAUCUUGCCGGGGACAAGGCGAUGUCCAACCCCAUGCUGACCAAGUCGAUUUUCGACGGACCUCUGGACCCGGCCGCCGUGUACGGCGUGGACCACGACCUGCUGUACUCCCCUCAUGCCCACGCUCCUCCGGAAACCAUCGAGCCCAGCGUCACCUUCCAUAGGAUACCGCCGAGCUCUCCGAGCUACAAGCUCGAGCCGUCGACGCCAAUGAAGGUGCAGGUCCCUUUAAGCGCCAUCCUGAGGAGCAGCCCUCUUCCGAUCAUGUCUCCUCCCGUUGUCCUCACACAGCACGACGUCGAGAACAUGGCGUACGCCAACGUCGACCAUUUGCUUCGGUUCUCGGCCAAGGGCCACCGGGCGCAGCACGACCGGCUGCAUCGACGCGGGUACGAGCGCAAGAGAGAGCAGAACUCGAAACGCAGCAAGGUUAGGACCGCGGGCUCCGGGGUCACCUGCACACCCGUCAUCGAGGGGAAUCCCUUCCCGUGCACCUACCCCGGCUGCAUCGACAAGGGGACGGGCAAACAAAAGAGAUUCAAACGACAGGAACACAGGAAACGGCACGAAAAGACGGUGCACGAAAAGCACGAACAUGACAUCUACAAAUGUUGGGUCCCCGAAUGCCACAAACCAUUUUCGCGGACAGACAACCUGAAAAGUCACCUUAGAAACACCCAUUCCAAAAAGGCGGGCGUCCGAGGGAACCGCUAUGUCGCGACGUUGGACAGAAACAGUGAAUACUAUGACCCGGACUGGCAGGGCGACCUCGACAGAGACGGGUAUCCCAUUCGGUGA